GUUCUCUUUCUUGAGCCACUUCAAACGUGGAUCCGAGGGGCCGACGGCUCAUUGUCAGAAGCGUGAGGUAAGCGACAGAGCGUGCAGUGCAGAGGCCAGAGAGGCUGCGUGAGCAAGCGAGCAUGCAAAACUUAAGAGAAAAGAGAUUGAAUUUAAUGAAAAUCUUACAGAAAAAGAACAGCAAGCAGUUAAGUGUGAAUGAGUAAUCCAAUAAUCAGAAUUUCUUUUUCUAAAUAUAUUUAUUCAUAUAAACUGCAUAUUUUUAUAGGUUCUCUAUGCUGUUUGGAGUCAUGCACAGAACAAUUUUUAAUUUAUUUUACAGGAAUUAUCAUGAACGUAGAUAUUUCAUGCGUUUUUUCCUCAAAAAGGCUUUUGGAAGAAAUAUACCAGGAAUGCAAAAACAAUAACUUCAACAUCCAAAAAAAGUUUUUAUGAAAAAUAUACAGUUAAUAAUAUUGCGAUAACGUUGGUUCAGGGUUGUCCAAAAAUCUUAUUUUUGGGAAUCACUAUUACUAUAAUUAAACAUGAUAAUAACUAGACUUCAAAUGGAAUGCACAGAAAACUAUAACCAAUGGGCAGGAGAGCUGGAGAAAUGGUUAAAGCCUAGCUGUCAGGUUGAUCUCAUGAAAAUGAAGUAAGCAUGCAGAGAGCCCCAUUCCGACAGGUGUUGAUGGAAUAAUCUCCCAAGGGUUUAUUCACUGAAACAAUUUUUCUGAGAACCAAAUACAAACAAUGAUUCUAUUGUUGCAUUUUAGAUUUGUAGAGUGGAUCCUAUAAGCAGUUGUCAACUACUGCUUCCUUGAAAAGUGAUUGGGUUAUUUGUUCAUGAUUUCAUUUUAGAGAUGCAAUUGCCUGUGGAAAGAACACUUUGCGCCUUUUAUAUAUCAUUGCUUUUGAUGGGCCAGACUGUACAGUGUUGUAUUUUACAUUUUUAGAAAUCUUAAGGUGUAUUAAAUAGGCUUUUCAGACACAAUCUCGAAUAAUGAGCAGUUUUAAUAAAUUACCCUGUACUUUCAUUUGAAAAAUCAUAAACGAAUCAGAAAUGUUUUAUUUCUGAUUUCUGUCUUAAAGAGACUGACUUUCUUUGUCCUAAUAUAGUGUAUAUAUACAAUACAUUUGACGACAUACAUAAGUACCACCUAUUGUGCUUCAUUUCUGAGUGCCAUUGGGUUUAUUAUCUUUAAACUGUGUUGAGCUUGAACUACUGCCAAUGUUUUUUUUUUAAUAAUCAUUUAUAAUAUGUCCUAUUAUGCUGUAACACUGUUCCUAAAUUAUAGUUACCAUUGUUUGCAAAAUGUUUAUUUCAUAAUUUGAAUAUCGUAUUACGAUUUUAUUGCAAACUAUGCUUUAUUUGUGUGUAUUAUGGUAUGUCAUAGUAGUUGUUCCUUUCAGGAAAACAACUCAGUGAAGACAGGGAGAUGAUCUGGGUACAAACCCACUAAAAAUGGCCAACAAUAAAAAAAAAAUGAUCUGAAAUUAGUAGAGCAAGAAAAUAGAGAAAUGUUCACCCUUCCAUCAAGGUGAAAAGACAAAUAAGGUAGUUUCCCAGGGAGAAGCGAAAACAGGUUGGUUCGGUUAGGAAGAUGGCAAAGUAAAGAGAGGUGAGCUUAUCUCGGUUUAUUUCCCUUUUCUGUGCUGCGCUCUGAGAAGCUGUGAGCAGAUCCCUGUCCGCACAUGGAUUAGAGAAGUUCUGAAAGGGUUGUGAGUUAGAAAGUGAGCAGAGUGAGGUGGUUAUGACUCACCGUGUCUGGUUAGGUGGCUGCCUCACAACAGAAGAAUCAUUAUUUUUAGCUAAUGAAACGUGAUCUUGCCUGAUUCUCUCCAUGGGACCUAAAUGGGAGUAAAUGCACGACAUGAGGUUGAGGUUUGGAUAUAGGGAACGGGAGCUUUUCAAAAGGGUGUAUGUUCCUUAUCUACACAGGGAUUCACAGCUGCCGUCUAGGCAUGGGUGAAUGCAACAACAAGUGGAAACGAUUAACAGAAGAAGAAAUUGGUUAUGAUUCAUAAAAAGCAUUGCAACUGCCUAUUCUGAAAUUGCUCUUAUAUAUGUGUUUAGUUUAAUUCUAUAUUUAGCUAUCAUUACACUCAAUUUCUAAGUUAUUCUUAAAGUAAAUGGUUUCUCAUGAAUCAAUUUUCCCUACUUGUGAAUUAAGUAUAUUGUUGCUUCCUUUUUUAGGUAGACAAUGGAGACUGACAUAGCUAAGGCAGUACAAGAAAGGGGUCCCUUUGGGGGCAAUCUCAAGGCAGUCAGACCUUGUCUGAAACCUCUGUCAUUUUCCUGUAAACCCCGGGCUUUUGCCCCUCUAGUGGAUCCUCUCAGCAGGGGCUUCCCUCAAUUCAGCCCACCAGUCCUGCUGGGCUACGAUCGCCUCCAGCCCCCAGCAGAGGCAGUCUCCUGGAUGCACAAGAUGGCGCCUUUCAAACGGAAACCCCAGGACAUCAAAAGCCCUGACGAGCUACUGGAGGGGCGAAGCGCGCUGGGCAUGGACCUCCCGCACCACGCCCCAUACCCCCUCCUCCAGCCCAGUCCUGGUCCGCCAUCCAAGUUCAGCCCUCAGAUGAUUGACUUGAACCGAUUCAAGUUCUACAGAAACCUGGGAAGGUUUGAUCCUAAGAGAGUGAAGCAGGAACCGGUUAGCUCAGAUGGAAUGUGGCCUCCUUCCCAUGUCAUAAUGCCCUCUCCGUCUCCGUUCUUCCCAGCCUUACACUCUGGCUUGAUUCCCUACCCUUUCCUCAUACCAGGCCCUGCCAUGCAUCUCCCUCCACACAGCUUUUACCAACGGGAGCCCUUGGGAGGUCACCACAGAGGGAUGCCUGGAACUCAGAGCGGGGCCACCGGGGUGGAGAAGCUAGGGCUCAAUGUCCACGUGGACGACAGCUACUACGUGGACGUAGGCGGCGAGCAGAAGCGUUGGAAGUGCCGUAUGUGCGAGAAGUCCUACACAUCGAAGUACAACCUAGUCACCCACAUCCUGGGCCACAGCGGCAUCAAGCCGCACUGCUGCAGCCUUUGUGGGAAGCUCUUCAAGCAGCUGAGCCACCUGCAUACGCACAUGCUCACGCACCAGGGCACCCGGCCGCACAAGUGCCAAGUGUGCCACAAGGCCUUCACGCAGACCAGCCACCUGAAGCGGCACAUGAUGCAGCACAGCGACGUGAAGCCGUACAGCUGCGGCGUGUGCGCGCGUGGCUUCGCCUACCCCAGCGAGCUGCGGGCGCACGAGAUGAAGCACGAGAAAGGGCAGGAGAACGUGUGUGUGGAGUGUGGCCUGGACUUCCCCACGCUGGCCCAGUUGAAGAGGCACCUUACCACCCAUCGCGGCCCAACACAGUACAGCUGUACCGAGUGCCAGAAGACGUUCCAAUACCCCAGCCAGCUGCAGAACCACAUGAUGAAGCACAAGGAUAUCAGACCAUACAUCUGCACUGAAUGUGGCAUGGAGUUCAUCCAGUCCCACCAUCUGAAACAACACACUCUUACUCACAAGGGGGUUAAGGAGCACAAGUGUCGGAUUUGCGGACGAGAGUUCACCCUGUUGGCAAACAUGAAGCGCCACGUCCUGAUCCACACCAACAUCCGCGCCUACCAGUGUCACCUGUGUUUCAAGAGCUUUGUGCAGAAACAGACCCUCAAGGCCCAUAUGAUCGUCCACUCAGACGUGAAACCCUACAAAUGCAAGCUCUGUGGGAAGGAGUUUAACAGGAUGCACAAUCUGAUGGGCCACAUGCACCUGCAUUCCGACAGCAAGCCCUUCAAGUGCCUGUACUGCUCCAGCAAAUUCACCUUGAAAGGAAAUCUGACGAGACACAUGAAGGUCAAACAUGGCAUCAUGGAAAGAGGAGCCCAUGGAUGGGGUUUCAGAGAGAGGGGGAGGUUUCAUCUGCCCGCAGACUUAAGCGUUAUCAGCCAAUUUAGCCAGGAGGAGCCUUUCGACCUCUCUAAGAAGACCAAAGGGAAAUCCCGGCUCUCCCAGUCAGAUGGGGACAGCGCCCAAGGUAGCUUGUGCCUGGAGGAGGAUGAUGACAGCCUCUACAGGAUGAGCCAGUACAGCUCAGAGGAUUACCAGCCCAGCAACCGUGCGUUAGAUUCUGAGGAGGUCUUUUUUGAUGGCAAAUCCCCAGAUCAAGAAGAGGUAGACGAUGGCGAAGGUGGCGAAGGUGGGGAAGAAUUGAGCAAGGAGCCUAUGAAAAUGGAAACUUGUGAAAAUAAAAUGCACCUGCUAUGUGGGGAAAAGUCUUCCCUCAUUAAGCUUCCCAGCCAGCAGAUGUCUCCAGGCAAGAACCCGAACAUCAAUGGUAUCUCACAAGAAAGCUGUGAAAACCAAUGAAAACCGUUCACUUUGAGAGAUUUUUAGCUCUUUCAUGUGAAUUCACUUGAUUUCUAAAGAAAAAAAAGCUGUGAAUAAAUAUUGUGUCCUAUUAUUUUGCUAUCAUGUGCGUAGAAUGCCUGACUAGGCAGACAAACAUCUGGAAUAUUUGCUGGUAAAUGAGAUACAAAAUAUGUGUUGAUCUGUGUUCAGAUAACUCUGAAUUUAAAAUGCCUGUUAUCUAUUUUUAGAAUAAUAUAUACAAUAUAACUAUUGUUAUACAUAUAAAUGUAUAUAACUAUUGUAUUAUAUGCAUAUAUAACAAUGAAUAAGUUAGACAUGAAGCCGUGUAAAAUUUAUAUUCAGAGUUUACUCUUUUUUUUUUAGCAAAAAUUAUUUUUUUACUUUUGGGUAGUACUGCGUUCAUGUGGAUCAUUUUAAUACUUUUGCUUAUAUUGUUGUUUUGACAACAUGCCCAUUCUGUAACAUGACAAAAACUUUAACAUAAUAAAAUGUAUUAAAUUGCUGUGUACAAA